UUCGGGCGCGAGGCGGCGCUGUGAACGGAUCUUCUCAUCCGGGAAACAAGGCGGAUGAUGUCUAGGCGCCGAGAUAAACAAUCUUCAAUGGUCAUUGUAGCUUAUGCAGUAUUAUUGUGCAAAAUAACCCGCAAACUAAUGUGAUUUGGUGUUUCGCGCAACUGUUCCUGAGAGUAGUUGGAGUAACUUUAUUCCAGCGUGAUGCAGGCAACAGAGGACGCGCAGUCUUCUCUAGCGGAGCGCGUGCAGUGUCUGGAAGUCAGUGAAGAACAGAGCAAAACUGCAGAAAAUGAAAAAGACAGAGCCGAGGAGGCUGAAACUGGAAAUGACAUUAAAGCAGAGGAUGACACAGAUGUACAGCGAGACAAAGACUCCAUGGAAGUAGAGGAGCAGAAAGAUGAGACCACCACAGAAGGAGAAAUGAAUGGAGGUAAAGAAGGAGAACACCAGCAGGUGGAGGAGGACUGGGAGAUCCCUUACAGUGACGAGGAGAUGGAGGAACCCAAGAACUGGAUGCCUCCACCUGAGGAGAUCAAACGGCUAUAUGAACUCCUGGCUAAAGGGGAAGUUCUGGAGCUGCAGUGGGUCCCUCUGCCCCGCCGGCCUCCGACCCCUCCACGCACCCCCUCGCCUGAGAGAGAUGGAGACGACUCACAUGAUGCUAAACAGGAGGAGAGUGAGCGCAAGGCUCUUACACCAACAGAGUUUGACUUUGAUGAAGAACAAACUACUGCAACUCCCAGGAACUCCUUUCUCAACCGCAGAAGAACGCCAGGUUCCUCUGCCCGCUCAUCGGUCAAGCGUGAGGCUCGGCUAGACAAAGUGCUGUCAGACAUGAAGCGGCACAGGAAAAUUGAGGAACAGAUUUUGAGGACAGGCCGUGACCUUUUUAAAAGUGAUAAAACCCGGCCGGGCCCUGUGUCCGAGCAGCCCUUAUCACCAAACAGUAAGAGGGAGCGGGAUAAAGAAAGAGAAAGAGACAGUGAUCCCAGCACGGUCUUCAGUCCACGACAGAGAAGAUACUGAGACACAAAAAGCCUAAUUUAAAACUUGACCUUUUGGAUUGGACAAGGAAAUGCUGUUCAUUUACUCAUGAUUUUUUACUGAAGAUUAGUUUUUUAUACUGUAAAUAAAUGUCUUGCUUAGA